AUGGAUUCAAACAACAAUGAGAUAAUGCAUGACUUCCCACCUUUCUUCAAAGUCUUCAGAGAUGGUAGCAUAGAGAGGUACAUGCCACUCCAUGACCCUAUUCCGGCGGGACUCGACCCAACAACAGGAGUCCAAUCCAAAGACGUGGUGGUUUCGCCUGAAACCGGAGCAAAGGCUCGUAUUUUCAUUCCCAAAAUCAACGGCGGAGGUCAGAAGUUGCCCCUCUUUGUCCAUUACCACGGUGGAGGCUUCUGCAUGGGAUCACCCUUUGGUGACAUUGGAAAGAAGUUCCUUUCAUCUCUAGUCCUCAAAGCCAACGUCAUUGUAAUUUCUGUUGGCUACAGGUUAGCCCCGGAGCAUCGUCUCCCAAUUGCCUACGACGAUUCAGCUUCCGCGCUGCACUGGAUCAGUUGCCACUCUAAUGGACAAGGACCUGAAGCUUGGCUCAACGAGUAUGCAGAUCUGAACAGGGUCUUCUUGGGCGGUGAGAGUGCUGGAGCCAACAUCGCUCACUAUGUUGCGGUGCAAGCUGGGGUUACGGUUCCACUAGGGUUGAACAUUGUUGGCUUAGUUAUGGUGCAUCCCUUCUUCGGAGGUAAAGAGCGUGACGAAAUGUACAAGUUUUUGAGCUCAACAAGUUCCGGGUGCGAUGAUGACCCGAAACUGAACCCGGCAGCGGAUCCAGACUUGGUGAAAAUGCCCUGUGGGAAGGUGUUGGUUUGUGUUGCGGAGAAAGAUUGGCUGAGAGAUAGAGGAGUGAGCUACCAUGAGACUUUAGAGAAUCUUAAAGGGGAAGGGUUUGCGGAGUUGUAUGAGACAAAAGGGGAGGACCAUUGCUUUCAUAUGUUCAACCCAAACCCCAACAUCGACAAGGCUGGCGAUUUGCUGCUAAAAAUUGUUGAUUUUGUAACUCAAUGUUAA